AUGCCACGCAGAAAAGCCGCCGACCGUGCGGGCCAGGUGAAAACCCGGUCUCGUAGCGGCUGUCUAGAAUGUCGGGCCAGUCGCGUGCGAUGCGACACGAAAAAGCCCGUCUGCACUCGCUGCUUGGAGAAAGGCCUACCGUGCUCGACCAACCUUGUCCUAAAAUGGGAGUCUGAAUUCGUGAGCCGGGGCAUGGCCUUUGGCCGUGCUGGCGUGUGGAGUAAAAGCCGCACUGAUGCAUCGUCGGCCUCGGGGUCCAAUGCGGCUUCUCCUGCAUUCUCGGUGGAUGAUUUGCGACAAUGGUGUCAAUUGCCUGCAAUUCAUCCCUGGGCUUUCAUCAACAGCGGGAUGGCAACCUUUGAAAAUCCCGAUCAGAUAGAUAUUGCUCUGAAUGAACAAUUGGUAGUUGUUCCUUUCAUCAACCAUCAUACCAUGACCACGAGCGAGCCAUUAGCUGAUCAACCAGCAUACGGCUUCUAUUCCAUACACAACAUCAGUGGUCUCGCGACUGCGCUGAAUCCUGGACCCUCUCCUGCUCCUUCUCUUUUCCCGGGGAUCUCGAUGAUUGGCCAUUCAGAACUGUUUGAUUACUAUCUCCGUCAAGUCUGCCCUCGCACUACAGCCAGCUCCACCUUUUCUUCACCAUUUGCCUCUGUGAUCCUUCCCUUUAGCGUUUCAGCGUCCCCCACGCUGUUCAAGGCUAUUCAAUCGCUCGCUGCAUGUCACUGGGCCCGACGGGAUCCAAAUUACGGUACACUUGGACUCCGCUUGAAAUCAGAGACAUUGAGGGAUCUCCGCCGUCGUCUUUCAUACGAGGGAUCCGCAACUUGCUGCACGGAUCCCGAGGUUUUGCUCAUCAUGAUGAUGCUCUGCCUCUAUGAAAUCCUUGACAAGUGUGAUGAGCAUUGGACGAUCCAUCUCAAGGGCGCCAAAGAUCUGAUUCGACUGCGGAGGCAGCGAGUUGACACGGUUGCUCACCCGGUGACCACCUUUGCGGAGCAUUUCUUUGCCUUUCAAGAUGUCAUGGGUCGAACUGCCUGUGGCGAGGCGGUGUUGUUUGGAAGUGACUAUUGGAAGACGGAUGAUCAGCAGAUUGACUUGUGGAUGGGUUGCAGCCCCGAGCUGGUCGCUAUCCUUUCCUCUAUCACUGAACUGAGCCGGGCAAGGCGGCAACUUGAAUCGGGCAAUCCAUCCACCAUGUUCUCCGUGCGUGCCGCUUCGCUUGAACAACAACUAGAACAUCUAGUCCAAGAUAUUGGAGACGGGGAUGACGAGAUCCUUGCCUCCGUGGCGGAAGCCAAACGACUCGCUGCAUUGCUAUAUCUGCACUGUGCCCUCUACGGAGCUUCACCCACUACGGCUGUGGUGGUCGACUACGUACAUCAGAUCCUCCGCCUGGUCACGGAUCUGCUUGAACGCGACUCCAUGGCCAGCGUUAUGUGGCCCGUUUUUGUUGCCGCCGUGGAGCUUGAUCCAGCGCGAGAUGAGCUCUGGUCGGGUCCCGAUGGUCAACCGGUAUCCGGGCGCUCGAUUGUUCUUCAAGCGCUGGCGGCGAUGGCCGAUUCCACCAUCUCAAACAUUGCUCGGACUCGUGCGGUGAUCAUCCAAGCGUGGCAGGCCCGUGAUCAGGAUCUUCUUAAACCGCCGCAGAUGGAGAUGAAUGACUGGGAGAAGUAUGUGGCUCCUAUCAGCACCUCGAUGAGCUUGGCAUGA